AUGAUCUUGUCUCCUACAGCAACCGAGUAUCACUUGGGUGUCCUGAAGGCAAAGCUAGCCAAGUAUCGGUCACAGCUGCUUGAGCCGACCGGCAAGAAGGGAGAGAAAGGAGAAGGUUUUGAUGUUAUGAAAAGUGGCGAUGCCAGGGUGGCUCUCAUAGGUUUUCCUUCUGUUGGUAAGUCAACACUGCUGAGCACUCUCACCAACACCGAGAGUGUUGCUGCCAACUACGAGUUCACGACCUUAACAUGCAUCCCUGGCGUGAUCGAAUACAAGGGCGCCAACAUCCAACUGCUGGACUUGCCUGGGAUUAUCGAAGGCGCCUCGCAAGGCAAAGGGCGCGGCCGACAGGUUAUUGCCGUGGCGCGCACGGCAGACUUGGUCCUGAUGAUGUCGUGUACAGGUUAUUGCCGUGGCGCGCACGGCAGACUUGGUCCUGAUGAUGUCGUGUACAGGUUAUUGCCGUGGCGCAUUUACUUCAAACAGAAGAAAAUGGGAGGGCUGAAGUUCAACGCGACGUUGCCGCUCACUAAGAUGGAUGAGCGGAUGGUGCAGAUGAUCUUGCACGAGUACAAGAUAUUCAAUGCCGAAGUGAUUUUUCGUGAAGACUGUGGAGCUGACGAGCUUAUUGACGUGAUCUCCGGCAACCGCGUGUACAUGAACUGCCUCUACGUUUACAACAAAGUCGACCAAAUCUCCAUUGAAGAAAUUGAUAGGAUAGCGCACCAGCCUAACUGCAUAGUCGUCAGUUGCAACAUGAAGCUAAACCUGGACUACCUGCUCGAGCGCCUCUGGGAGAGCCUUGCCAUGCUGAGGAUAUACACGAAGAAGCCAGGCUCUCCACCUGACUUUGGCGACCCGAUCAUCAUGAGGGGAGGGUCUACAGUGGAGCAUGUGUGCCAUGCCAUCCACCGCUCCAUCGUAGCUGUCUUCAAAUACGCGCUCGUUUGGGGAACGAGUACGAAGUUCAACCCGCAACGUGUCGGUCUGCACCACGUAGCCCACGAUGAAGACGUCAUCCAGAUUGUCACGAAAAAAUAACCCACUUAAUACGUAGAUCGAAUUUGCAAUUUCUAAAUUGAUUUCAUGAGAAAAAUUCUUAUCGUGGUUACAAUUAAUUUUGUAAAACGGAGAGCAGAAAUAGUUCACUUCUAAAUAAUAAACAGAUUACCCUUAUGAAUGUUCCGAUUUGAUAUUAAAAUCGAAAUGCCUUAACCUAAAUUUCCUUACAACUUCCUUGUGUUGCUUAGUGCUUAGUCUGAGCUACUAAUUCGUCUGUUUUGUAUUAAUAACUUCAUCCUGCUCGUUUUAUAUCUUUUCAGGGGUACAAUGCUACAUCAAGAUAUUUGUGUUGGACGUACGAGUCAAAAAAGCUUAAGUAACUACAAUUUCAAUGAAAAUCGAAGUUUAAAAUUGGCGACUAGAAAUUUAGACUGCUGAAAAAGUUACUCGAUCUGAAAUAAUUGGAUUAGAAUUUCUUAUUUUGUGAAUUGUUCAAAUUUUAUUAGAAAAGAAAUAUUCAGUGGCUGUAGAAGUGGUGGUACAUCCACUUGCUGUUUUCUCCAAACCUGAAUAGAAUGAAACAAAUGUUUU